UCCAAUUGCACUUCAAUAACACUUUUCCUGGUCACUCCCUCAGUUGAUGCCGAGCUACUCCAUUCUCCACUACACUAUCUCACUGUUGUUUUGCUGCAUUCUAUUACUAUUAGCUGAAACGAAAAAAAGAAAAGAAAAAAACCCAUCUUCCAAAUUCUCCAGUAGGCACUGAAAAAUUCCAAAAACAAUGUGGAGGAAUUUACAUAGAAAAAUCACAAGAUGUAUUGAACAAAAAACUACAUUUCAAAACACAAAUUAUUAUUGCAACUCUCCUCAACUUCCUCAGAAUCACCAAAUCUUGGUCCAAGAACUCACCCAAAUUCUCAAACACAAGAAAUGGAAAAGCCUAAUUGAAUCCUCCUCAUACUCAAACCUACGCAAGAAUCUAAACCCACAUGUAAUUCGCUCAGUUCUUGGCCAACAACAAUUGACUGACCAUCUUGAACGUCUCCUCAGCUUCUUCCAAUGGUCAAAACACAAAGUUGGUAUUGACUCAGAUUUGAAUAUUCACUCAUAUUUAGCUGCUCUUUUAUGUAGUAAUAGCUUGUAUGGUCCUGCUAAUACUGUUCUUGAAGUUUUGAUCAGUUUUGGUUUGCCCCCUUCAGAUGUUUUGAGUUCUAUUCAUAAUUGUAAAAAAGAAUUUGAUGGGUCAAGAAAAAAAUUUGAUCUUGGGAUAUUUGGGUUGUUGAUGGAUAAGUAUAGGGAAAAGGGGUUCUUGUUUGAAGCUUCUAAUGUUGUUUUUGCUCGUAAAGAUCUUGAUUAUGUGCCUAGUUUGUUGUAUUGUAAUCGUUUGUUGACUGAUCUGUUGAAAGCUAGCAACUUUAAAUUGUUUUGGCAAGUCUGUAAUGCGAUGCAUGAAGCGGAUGUAAAGUUCGAUGCCUUUGCGUAUACGAAUAUGGUGGAUGCUCAUUGUAGAGAGGGGAAUGUUAGCGAGGCCAAGAAAGUGUUUGCUGAGAUGGAAGAGAAGGGGCAUUGUCCGAAUAUGUUUACUUACAAUUUUUUGAUGAAGGGUUUGUUUAGAGGUGGACAUGUAGAUGAGGCACUUGAGCUUAAAAAUUGCAUGUUAGCCAAGUCGUUAGUACCUAAUAUUUAUAUUUAUACCACGAUUAUUGAUGGGCUUUGUGUUGCGAAUAGAUUUAGAGAGGCGAUAAUGGUAUUAACUGAGAUGAAUGAGAGGGGAGUGAAGCCUGAUACAGUUGUUUAUGAAGCUUUACUUAAUUGUUACUUGAAACAUGAUGAUGUGGACGAGGCUUUCAAAUUGAAGGUUAUAAAGGACGCUAAAGGCGUUGAUUUAGCCCUGUAUAAUACACUUCUUCGUGGCCUCUGCAAGUGUGGUAAGAUGGAGAAGGCACAAGAACUUGUGGAUGAGAUGACUAGAGAAGGUAUCGAGCGUGAUUUGACCACUUAUACCUUGUUGAUUGAGGGACAUUGUCGUCAAGGUUGUAAUGUCGCUACGGUUUUGGAGCUUCUUGAAGAAAUGAAGAAGAAAAAUCUGGCUCCUGUUGAGUCAACCUAUUGUUUGAUAAUUGAUUGUCUCUGCCGCAAUAAAGAUCUGAACAUGGCUAGGUCUUUUCUUCAAGACUUGAUAAAGGAGAAUUGGAAGCAAAAUGUUCAUACCUGGAGAACUUUGUUGAUGACUAAUGCUCGUAAAGGCCACUCACAACAGUUGAGGAUGACUUUGGAAGCAAUGCACGAGCAGGGGAUUGAGCCAGCUACUCCCCAUUACAAUAUUGCUAUAAAGGGACUCUGCAGAGCACGGAAGAUGAACACUGCUCACGAUUGUUUGGUUGAAAUGCUGGAUAGAGGCCUGAAACCUGACCAGUAUACUUAUGAAGCCUUCAUUAUUGGAUAUUGUGGAACGGGGGACUUGCAAAAUGCAGAUAGCUACUUAUCUCAGAUGCUACAUCAUGCGUUUAAGCCCAACAAAGCUAUUUAUAGUGCUUUGAUCAAUGCAAACUGCAAAAGAGGUAAGGUAAGUGAAACUUUUGGGGUAUUUAGAAGUAUGCUUGCGCUGGGGGUUCUGGAAGCACGUGAGGCCUACCUUGUCCUCCUUCGCUGUCUGUUGGUGAAUGGAAAAAUGCUAGAAGCAGCUGAAGUCAUUUCAGAACUUCACGGCAAGAAUCUAGUUGGUGACGUUUCCUCGUAUGAAGCUCUCAUCUGUUAUUUCGUUCAACACUGUGAGAUUGAAAAGGCCUUUACCCUUUAUGAGGAAACUCAAAACAGAGGUAUCCGUCCCAGCUUACGUACUCGCAAUCACUUAAUUGUUGGGCUCUUUAGAGCAGGUCAAACUGAGAGAGCUAAAAUGAUAUUAGAUGUCAUCUUAAAAGAAGGUGCAAGACCAAAUAGAGCGACAUACACUGCCGUGAUAUCUGGUUUAGCUAAAGGAGGACAGUUGUCCGAGGCAUUUGUCUUGUUUGACUCUAUGAUACUUAGGGGGAUGUCUCCACGUAGGAUCGUUUAUAAUGCUCUUUUUGAUGGAUGCUGUAAGACUGGGAACUUGCAGAAAGCUCAGGACUUGCUUCAGGAAAUGUUGCAAAUGGGAAUAGCUUCUACUAAAGCUUUUAACACAUUGAUUGAUAGAUUUUUGACGAAUGGAAAUGUGCUGGAAACUAUGCAGUUGCUGGAAAAGAUGAUAGAGGGAUGCGUUGAACUUGAUCAGGACACGUACGCGACGCUCGUUGAGCGCCUAUGCAAGGAUGGACUGAUGAAGGAAGCAGAAUUGGUGAUAUCACAAAUGCAACAAAGGCAUCUCUUGCCUACCAGUGCAACUUACAGUAGAAUUUUUCAUGGCUAUCAUGUGAUAGGUGAGAGAUCAAGACCUUGUGCCUUAUUCCGAGAAAUGGUGAAAAAGGGUAUCAAUCCCGAGAACGGCACUCAUUCUAUUGUUCUGGAUGCUUUCUCUAAGGAAGGGAACUUACUUGAUGCAUUCGAGUUAUUUAUAGAAAUGUUGGAGAAGGGCAUGCCUCUAGACGUAAGUGCCUGUGAGUCACUGAUUGAAGCUUUAUGCUUGGAUAGGGAGUAUGAUAAAUCAUUGGAAUUUCUUCUUGAGUUGGGGGAGAAAGGGUUUGUGCUCAAUCGUAUGAGCUGUAGUGCUAUAGCUCGUAGUUUUUCGCUGAAAGGUGAUACUGAUACAGACGAAGUAUGCCAGGUAAUCACGGCUAUGGCAAGAUUUGGUUGGAUUUCAGACUCCACUACUUUCUCUGAUUUACUUAAGGAUAGUAAAGUAGGUUCUUUAGUGACCGAUGAUGAUGAAAAUGAUUCGUCCGAGGAGCAUGCUGUGAGAAACCAUAAUACUGCUUCAUCUGAGGAUGCGGAAAAUGUUUUGAAGCAAGUGGGUUGAAUACUCUGCAUUCAUGACGCAAUGAAAAGAGCUACUUCUCGGGAAUCGGAAGACAGCAAGAGAUUUCACCACAGGCAUAGCUACACUAGAACCAAUUCAAAUUGGAGGCUUCUAGGCUAAAAUGGAGCUGCUUCUAGUACAUAAAAUGUUGAUCACUUCAUGAGGUCUCCAUUAACAACCGAACCUGUCAGCUCAGACAAGAGGAAGCAUAUUUUGUUCCGCUCGAGUUAAGGAGAGAGUUUCCUAAAACCUUCAGGAGUAGUUUCAUAACAAACAAGAAAAGUAAAGAAUAGAUUUAAAUUACUGUUACAUUUUCUUACUCUUCUUGAAGUUUACAAAAAAGAGGAAGAAGGCUACUUAACCAUAGCAAGAUGUUGUUGCAAUGUAUAAUUGUAUAUGCGUAGGGGUGGCAAAAGUAGCCCAAACCCAUUUGACGCGCCCAACCCGCCCAGGUUUUAAUGUGCGUUAGUGCUAAGUGGUGCAGCUUGUUGGUUCUCCAUAUUGACAAGGCAUUCUUAAAGCUAAAGGCUCAUAGCUCUUUGAUCAAAUUGUUUUAACAUUUGCCUACUUAGUGUUUUCCUGUUUUUAUUAUUUUUA